AUGAUCUACAUCUGCUGCAAGACCAUCCUUUCAGAAGUUGUUUCUUUCUUCUGUCUGUCAGGACGCUAUGUUGAGAAUCACGGAGUAAUCCAUAACAUGUGGUUCAACACUACUACUCAGGAGAAGAAGGGGUACUACAUGACUCAGUUUGUUGAUUCAUACUGGGACAACGGCAGCUUACCCAUCUGGAUAACAGCACAGAGACAGGGUCUCAAAGCAGGAUCUCUACAUUUCCCUGGCACAGCAGCCACCUACAAAGGGGAGACUGUCAGGCUGAGGGAAGUGGAACCACGUUUAUAUGAUUAUUCUAAUGAAACAGAGUGGAGGCUGAACAUCGACAAAGUGAUUGGAGAGUGGUUCCACCAACAGGACCUGGACUUUGUCUCUUUGUAUUUUGGAGAACCAGAUGGGACUGGGCACCGAUAUGGACCAGAUUCCCCAGAACGCCGGGAAAUGGUUCAACAAGUGGAUCGUACUGUGGGCUACAUCAGGGAUAAAAUCCAAGAUCAUUGCCUUACUGACCGACUCAACGUUAUUAUCACCGCUGACCAUGGGAUGACUACUGUUCUACGGGGUGCACAGGUUGAAGAGAUGAUCCUCUAUAAGAUUCCUGGUUUCAACUUCAGUGAUAUCCAGUUCCAUCUGGUGGACUAUGGACCUGUUGGGAUGCUGCUUCCUAAGGAUGGGAUGCUUGAGAAGGUCUAGAGUGCCCUCAAAGGAAGUCACCCACAUCUUCAUGUGUAUAAAAAGGAAGAGAUGCCAGUGUGGCUGCACUAUAUUAGACAUGCUCAACUCCUUCCCAUCAUCCUUUUUGCUGAUCCAGGAUACGUAAUCAAUGGGUUCUUCCCUGUGCAGUUCAACAAAGGAGAGCAUGGCUUUGACAAUCAAGUGAUGGACAUGAAGCCUUUCUUCAGGGCAGUUGGGCCUGAUUUCCAGAAGGAUUUAGUGGUUGGGCCCUUUGAGACUGUUAAUGUGUACCCACUCAUGUGCCAUUUACUAGGAAUAAACCCAGAGAUCAAUGAUGGACACCUCGACAAUACCAAGCAAAUGCUGCUCCCCAAGAAAAACACAGAAGAUAAGAGCACCAACCUGUUCAGAUAUGUGUGA